GGGGCAGCCUCGUGGCCGGGCAGCCGGUUAGGAAACGGCGCGCGCGCGUCCCGCGAGCCCCCAGCGCGCCCCCGGCGGCCGGGGCCGCAGCGUGCUCGCCCCCGCCGCCAGCUCGCCUCACUUAUGGGUCGGAAGCGCUGCGUGGGGGAGAGUGUUCCAAGAUGGCGGCGGGUUGCUGCGGGGUGAAGAAGCAGAAACUGUCCAGUUCGCCCCCCUCUGGCACGGGUGGCGGUAGUGGCGCCUCCUCCUCCCACUGUAGCGGAGAGAGCCAGUGCCGAGCUGGGGAGCUAGGACUAGGAGGCGCCGGUACUCGGCUCAACGGGCUGGGAGGUCUAACCGGAGGAGGUAGCGGCAGCGGCUGUACCCUCUCUCCCCCCCAGGGCUGCGGCGGCGGCGGGGGUAUCUCCCUGUCUCCACCUCCGAGCUGCGGAGUGGGAACCCUACUUUCCACGCCUGCCGCCGCCACCUCUUCCUCGCCCUCAUCGUCCGCCGCCUCGUCCUCAUCGCCGGGCUCUCGGAAGAUGGUGGUGUCUGCAGAGAUGUGCUGCUUUUGCUUCGAUGUGCUCUACUGUCACCUGUACGGCUACCAGCAGCCCCGGACCCCCCGGUUCACCAAUGAGCCCUACCCACUGUUUGUAACAUGGAAGAUUGGUCGAGACAAAAGAUUGCGUGGAUGCAUAGGUACUUUUUCUGCCAUGAAUUUGCAUUCAGGACUCAGGGAGUACACACUUACCAGUGCCCUUAAAGACAGCCGUUUCCCUCCAAUGACAAGGGAUGAGCUGCCACGGCUUUUCUGCUCAGUGUCUCUGCUCACUAACUUUGAAGAUGUCUGUGAUUAUUUGGAUUGGGAGGUGGGUGUACAUGGCAUUAGAAUAGAAUUCAUCAAUGAAAAAGGAUCAAAACGCACCGCCACCUACCUACCCGAGGUUGCAAAGGAGCAAGGAUGGGACCAUAUUCAGACCAUAGACUCCUUACUGAGGAAAGGAGGAUACAAGGCUCCAAUAACUAAUGAAUUCAGGAAAACCAUAAAACUGACCAGGUACCGUAGUGAAAAGAUGACCCUGAGCUAUGCUGAAUACCUUGCUCAUCGCCAGCAUCAUCACUUCCAAAAUGGUAUUGGGCAUCCCCUUCCGCCAUACAACCAUUAUUCCUGACACUGAGCCGCACAGCCAGUCACUGGGCCUCUCUGCAGACCUCUUCCCAGGAGACCCUACACCUUCUUGGUCUAGCUAUCUCUUUUACUGUACCAUUUUAUGAUGAUAGUUUCCGUUGCCGUGGUGAAACUUUGACAUAGUCGGUUAAGAUCAUCAUGGUAACGGAUAAAAAUUGGCAUUUGUUAAGAUCAUGUUUUAUUAUUUCAGAUCAUUGAUUUUUUUUUGCAGCAUAUAUAGCUUUUGGGGUUUUCUUUCCUUACAAUAUUAUAUAGACUUUUGCUUUGCUUUCUGAGUCAGGUUUCUGUCCCUCUCUCCCCUCCUCCCUCCCUCCCUCCAUCCCUUCCUUCCUUCCUUCCUCCCUUCUUUCCUCCUUUGGACUGUGGAUGGAAGAAAGCAUGCAGUUUUAAGGAUUGUAUUUAGGUUUGUGUUUAGCCUUCCUCAGUAAGAUAGUUAUUUUUUGAUAGCAGAAUUUGGGAAUCAUUCAUAUCAAAUUCAGGUAUUUGUAUAUUACUCUUAAUUUUGUCAAAAAUCCACUUUGCUAUGAUAUCUUAGUUUUGGGGUCUUUACUUUGUAGGUAUGUGCUUUUCCCGUGGUUAAAACAUAGGAAUUUUGGUUCUAAUAGUCAGAAUUCAGAGGUCCUUGAUAGGCCUUGUCCCAGAGAAUGAAAAAUCCUUUUGGCCUACUGUGCUGGUUAUCAUAGAAAGGAGAAACUGCCUCAUCACUUUAUAAAAUCAUUUUAUGAACUGAAACACUCUUUGAAGACAAUACAAGCUACCAGUCAAAUAGGCUACAGAAAUCAUUUUGAAGAACAGCAAAUAUUAGGAAGUGAGCAGAUAAAGAAUUUAGUGCCUUUGAGAAUACAAUUAAUGGAAUUAAGAGGGGUACAAAAAAGGCAAUUUAGAGAAAUAUUCUUGUAAAGGCUUAUUGUUUCUAUAUGUGAAACAACAGAUUAGACAAAUUCCUUACUCUUAAGUAUUUUUUUAAGGUGGAGAAAAUUAUUUUGAGCAAAUAACCAAAAAGAGACAUUUGUCUAUUUUAUAUUAAUUUAAAUUUGCUAGGUUUAGGUUUCAAUAAAUCAUAAUUGGCCAGAGACAAUUUUAGCUGCCAUCCAAGAAUAUGAUAGAGAUAGUGUAAUACAAUAUAAAUUCAUAUAUGAUGUGAUUUCAGAUAUGUUUAUCAUGGGGAUAAUAUUGCUAGUUUCAGAGAUACUAUAAAAUAGUUUGAAUCUCUUUCUGCACUACAGAUUUUUUGAUUGAGUCAUGUUUACCAUGUGUUUAGCAUGUUGUGUUACAGCUGUAAAAAUAGAGUUGGCAUUCAGAUAUGCUAUUGGUAGAGCCCAGCUCAUUGGCAGGGCUAGGCUUCCCCAUGGUGCAUCUGAAGAGAACUUAACUGAUGCCAAUAGAGACGGUCUGUAUGUAUUUCCCCGAGAAAAAAAAAAUAGAUGAUUAUAGAGAAAGGUGAUUUUUUUCAUUGUAUGGUAAUAAAUACAUAUGCUUAGGGGAAAUGCAUACAUUUUAAAAAGGAAAACAAUAUACCAAGCGAUGAAUUAAAGUAUGCUGCAGAAUGAAUAGUAUAAAGCUAAGAAAUGUCACUGAAUAUCAAAUUGAUAUAGUUUAUGUACCUAGUUGCUGUGUCAAGUGAGAAAUUGCUAGUUCAGAAUUCAAAAAUUCCUUUCUAGUCUGUGAUAUUGGCUACGCAACCUUCUGCUUGCCACUGGGACAGAGCAGACUGCUAUAGCGUUUGGUGCGAGUCCUUAGAUGUUUGUUGGUAUUCCUUCAUCCACAGCAUCCAUUGUUGAAAUAUCUAUUUUUCAGUUGUGAUGCCUUAACUAAGAAGCCAAUUGCUAGCCUGAAAUGCGAUCUAGGUAGCCACUUCCAUUGAGCUGAGAGGUGAGUCCGAAAAAGUUUGAUGUUGGAUUUUGGAAAGGGAUCUGAGUCCUGUCAUUUCUGCUUGGGAGUACUUUGAAGCAGAUCAGUCUUUCAGUUUAAACAAGCAGACAAACAAACAAAAAACAAAUGGCUACUUGAUGGAAACUUUUUGCCCUUAUAGGGAAACUGAGCACAAGUUAACCGAUAUUAUCUGCUGCAAAAAAAAAAAAAAGAAAGAAAAAAGAAAAAAAAGAAAGAAAGAAAAAGAAAAAGGAAAAAAAAAAGAAAAGAAAAAAUACAAAAAAAAAAACAAACUGAAGAUAGACAAAAUAGACCAAUAUUGUUAUGAAAUCCAUCAUGUCCAUCAUCUCAUCAGUUCAACAGGCUCCUCGUCCUGGAUGAGCUUAUGGUUAGAAGUUUUUUUUUUGUUUUUUUUUAAGAAAAGAUCUAUUACAUGCAUAUAUGUGUGUGUAUGCAUAUACUUACAGAUACAUACAUACAUAUGUGUGUGCUUAUGUAUUUAACGGUGCUAAUCAGUCUUGAGCAGGUCACGUGACUGGUCAUGCGGACUCUAAAAUCAUAUCAGAUUUUUAUAAAUUCUUGAUAUAUGCAGAUGUUAUACAGAUUUUCUUACCAGUGUAAUAAUGUUAUACUGAAGAUGUAACCAUCCUGCAGGCUUCGAAGGACGAGGUCAGCAAUAUUUCCCACCAUGGCUUGGGGAAAAAGGAUAGUUUGUCUCCUUUUGUAUUCAAGUUAAUGCACAGUGCAUUUUUGUCUCUAAGUAGCUGUUGAUUACAAGACUUUGUAGUGUAAAGGGUGUUAUACAAACUGUAACGGUGUGCUUCAAACAAAUGCUACACCUUUUCACCUUUGUCAUGUAUUACAAAGCUGUUAAAUAUGUGGUUUGAAUUAACUUUGAACAUGUUGAAAUAUGUAGCAUGUGUCUUUAACUCUGCCGAAGAUUCUAAUUGCACAGGUUGUGUUCUAGCCAUUUGUGGUUUAUUUGUUCAGAAACACAAAUGUGAAUUACACUCAUCACCAGAAUAUUGUAUAAGUUCAGUGAUCUUUGAACAGCUCAGAAGUAAUACUUGAACUUCAUUUGAGUAGCACAAAGUUUACAUAGCCCCUUUUAAAUGUUGAUUAGUUCCAUUUAAGUUUUCUCUUUUCAAAUGCAACUGGGUAUUUUUUUCCUCUUGGAAAAUAGUACGUAUUUGUAUUUUACUUUGGUAUGUAGCAAAGGCUUCCAUUUCUGGAAGGGUUUUCUUGUUCGUAAACAAGGUCAGCCAGGUACCAGAUUCUAAAAGAACAAUUCCUCCCCAACCCAAACACACACACAUGCCCUCCCCCCCCUCAAGUGGCCUUCUGACUGCACGAGCACGUGCUACUCCCCUCUCCAUCUCCCCCCACCGUGAGAGGUUGGUGACAUUGAUGGAGGAAGUGCAAGGCUUGUCCUUUUCCCCCAGCCCAACUUAAGGCAGUUUUAAGAUUUUUUCAGGCCAGAGUAUACAGUCCUGAGGCCCAGCACACCAGAAGUUUGUAUACUGGCCUAUUUUCUUGUCUUCAAAUGUGCAGGAAAUUUGAAACUGUUAUCUGGAAUAGGUUCCAUCUCUUACGUGUGUUAGAUCAAACCAAAGAAGCCCCCAGCCAUGCCCAAAUGCUGCUCCAAAAGCCUGCCUUCCAGUCCUUACAAAAAACUUGCAGGAUUAAAUGUGUUAACUUUUUUAUUUUUGUACAGUUUCUAAGUGAUUUUUGCUAGUGAUGUUAAAUUGAAUUAAGUUUAUUUGAGGGGUGUGAACACCUCUUCCAUUUAAAUAAACUGGUGACUUUCCUUUUAUUUUUUAAAAGUGGAAACCCAUUGUGUGCCUCUCGAUUUAAGGGUUUCUGAAAACAUUAUUCUUAAGACCAGCAUCGAUCCUUUAUAUACAAAGAUAUGUUUUUCUUGUUUUUUAUUACUGUUUCAGAAGAAAAUGAAUCUUUUAUUUUGCUCUGGACCCAGUAAAUGUGCUGGUACAUAGACGCACUGAAAAAAUAAACUUUUGUAACCACCCUGGACUGCUUUUGUAUAUCAAAGUCGAUUACUUUUAAAAUAUUUGGAACUAGUUUCUAAGUUAUUUUAGUGUUUUAUAUGUUCCCCAAAGUUUCUUUGAAUCUGUCACCAGCAUAAUGAGUUUUUGGUGAUCCAAUGGUGAGACUUGUAAUGAGCAAAAAGCUACCUGGAGUAGCUCUUCUUUUCCUUCUUUCUUAGUAACCUGUUUUUGAUUACAGUAAAAUAUCACGGAUUACCUGAAACCCCUUCCAGUAUCACUAGGUCCUUUUUCCUUCCACAUUGAAUUGCUUAAUAGUUUGAAGAAACUAUUGGACAUGGGCAUUUUAUAUGACAUGUAUGGCUUUAAAAUAUUUUUAAAAAAUGAAUAAAAAGAGUAAAAGAAGGUUUAUGUGGGCCUGUAAGGUAUGGCUGUGGAAAGAUAUUGUAGUAGUUUUGACACUAUUGUUAUUACCUUUAAAAUCAUUUACCCAAUAAAAUGUUAAAACUGA